AUGCCCAUCGUCAAGUAUCGCAGGACAGUCGACCCUCUUUGGUAUGAAUGGGACAGGAAGGCCCAGAAAUGUGGGUUACGGCACACUGUUUAUGCCGUGAACGGCGAUCGCUACACCGGGGAAUGGCUGGACAACCUCAAACACGGCAAAGGCACGCAGACGUGGAAGAGGACAGGGGCGAUCUACAGCGGUGACUGGAAAUACGGGAAGCGGGAUGGAUACGGGACGUACAGCAUUCCUGACCCCGUCACGAAAGAUUAUAAGAAAGUGUACGCGGGGUGGUGGAGAAAUGACAAAAUGUGGGGUUACGGAAUUAAGUUUUACUCAGAUUCAGACUAUUACGAAGGAGAAUGGCAGGCCGGGAAGCGAGACGGCUGGGGGCGGAUGUACUACAAGGAUGGGUCCAUCUACGAAGGCCAAUGGUCCGAGGAUAAGCCGGGCGGCCACGGCAUGUUCCGCCUGAAGAACGAAAACCGCUACGAAGGAUGCUGGAAGGACGGGAAGAAACACGGGCCGGGCAAAUUCAUCUACUUGGACACUGGGCAGCUCUACGAAGGCUUCUGGGUGGCAGACAUCCCCAAGUGCGGGACAAUGAUCGACUUCGGCCGCGACGAAGCGCCCGCCCCCACUCAGUACCCCAUCCCAAAGAUUGAACUGAUGGACCCAGAGGGCGUGCUGGAAGAAGCGGUCCUGAGGCUAGAGAACGCAGAAGAAUUAAACGCCCCGCCUCGGAAAGAAAGAUGA